GGUCGGCGCUCAUCUCUUCGGCCUGAUCGGAGAGUCGGUGCUGGAUUUGUUCGUCUGUUCUGAGUGUUGUUAGCAUCUGUCGUCGUUUCUUCGUCACGUCUGUGGGAACGACUUGGUCUCGCCACACUGCCGGUGAAGACAUCUACAGACGCCUGUACUGCACAGAUAAACCCCGACCGCGACAGGAAGCAUGUCCACCGCCCUGGAGAGCUACAUUAACCGUACUGUGGCUAUCGUCACCUCAGAUGGAAGGAUGAUUGUGGGGACCCUAAAGGGCUUCGAUCAGACCAUCAACCUGAUCCUGGAUGAGAGUCAUGAGCGAGUGUUCAGCUCCAGUCAGGGGGUGGAGCAGGUGGUGCUGGGCCUUUACAUCGUCAGAGGAGACAAUGUGGCUGUGAUUGGGGAAAUCGACGAAGAGACAGACUCCACUCUGGAUUUAGGAAACAUCAGGGCUGAGCCACUCAACUCUGUCGUCCACUGACCUUUGACCCCUGGACCCUCUGACACCUCGUCGGUUGAAUCUCUGUGGCCUGUUUUUCAGGAACCUGUAGCAACGUUUUUCAGUUUGUGUUUUUUUAUAAAUAAACAAGUGAGUAGAAUUGUUGAAAAAAACUUUUUUUAUGCUUCGAGUGUUUUGUCAGAUUGAGAUUGUUCAAUAAAGUUUUUCAUGACAAAUGUU